CCGCUUCCGCCUUCUUCUUCCUCCAGCUUGUCCUACGAGUGAAGUCGCGCUGCCGGGCGCGGUGUCGGUGGGUCUGCUGGUUUGUUUCUCAGCGUCGGUGUCCGUGCUGUUGAAUUGCCCGGCAUGGCUGAACUAGAUCCAUUCGGCGCCCCUGCCGGCACUCCCGGCGGCCCCGCGCUGGGCAAUGGGGUGGCCGGCGCGGGCGAAGAAGACCCGGCCGCGGCCUUCUUGGCGCAGCAGGAGAGCGAGAUUGCGGGCAUCGAGAACGACGAGGCCUUCGCCAUCCUUGACGGCGGCGCCCCUGGGCCCCAGCCGCACGGCGAGCCGCCAGGGGGUCCGGAUGCUGUUGAUGGAGUGAUGAAUGGUGAAUACUACCAGGAGAGUAAUGGUCCAACAGACAGUUAUGCAGCUAUUUCACAAGUGGAUCGAUUGCAAUCAGAGCCUGAAAGUAUCCGUAAAUGGAGAGAAGAGCAAACGGAACGCUUGGAAGCCCUUGAUGCCAAUUCUCGGAAGCAAGAAGCAGAGUGGAAAGAAAAAGCAAUAAAGGAGCUGGAAGAGUGGUAUGCGAGGCAGGACGAGCAGCUACAGAAAACAAAAGCAAACAACAGAGCCCUGCCAUGUUGAUCCAUUCCUGAUGUGAGAGUUGAGGAAGAGUGAAGUGCUGGCUUCCGGGCUGCACCUUGUCAAAGCAGUCAAGUCUGGCAUGGACUGAGCAGACAGACAGCCCGGUCAGGGACACACAGUAAACCAGAGCCAGAGCCCUUGUCUGCAGUUCUUUCCACCAGACCACUUGCCUCUGGCUGCUUUUUCUCUAAGGUGGGAAUUUUGAAAUGACCAUAUGUGCUCCUACGAUACUGGAAAUUGAUCCCACCCAGCCAGUGUGGGGAAGCAGUAGUUGGAUAAUCCAAGAUAAAGCUGGCUUUGGGACCUAGCUUCUCUGGUACACCCAGUGAUGGUUACCGAGGCUGGUGGAAGGUGACAUGGCUUCCCGAGCACACACCCAAUGGGAGGUAUUAAUGUGCAGGGAAAGGAGCCCGGCGGCUUUGGUUGUGAGUUCUGCCUGUUGCCUCUUGCUGUUGAGCGAGCUGCUUCAUCUCUAGGCUUCAGUUACCUCAUCUGUAAAAGGAGGUGAGAACUCUUGUUGUCCUAGGUUGCUGGGGUUGAGAAUCCAACGAACACAAUGUCUAUGAAAGGGCUUAGGCCACAAGUAGGUGCUUAGGAAAUGCUCAUUGUGGCUGGGGUAAGGCAAGGGGAGAAUCCCUGUGGGGAAGGCCAGCUAGAAACUGCCUGCUGGAGUCGCCAGUGCUGAAGCUUUGCUGGGUUAGGAUGGAGCCUUGGGAACCGCUUUCCCAGAGCACAGUUGUGCCUCUAUUGUGGUUUUGAGAUGUUUCUGCUUCUCAAUGUUCUCUCUUUUU